UCAUAGUCGUGCAUGCCGUAGUCGUUUGACCAUUGACCUCGCAUCCCUACAAAGCCGGGACGGAGCACGCCGGGUUCUCACCGGACCAGGCUCUCACAUCACCAAGCGCGAAGCGCCGUGAGGUAUUUGGCGAGUCGCAUGAAGGGAAGGUGCACCCGAAGACCUUCGAACAGCUUCGGAAGACCGUGCUACCCACCGCAAGAAGGAGCUGAGGACUCUAUACUCGGCGAGCUAAAGCAGAACUCGAACGGGUCCCCGGUGUCCCACCUCAACAACACGGACAUCGAGAAGAUGGCCGAUCCCCCGUGCACUCGCGACAGCUCCCUGUCGGGAGGAGGCGGGAACCUGCGGAAGUCCGGCUCCGUGAUCCACGGCGAAAGGAGGGGGGCAGGACGACCGAUUGGUCGCGCGCAGAACAGCCGGCCCCUGGAUAGUGCUCCUAGCAGGACGAGGGUGUCAACCCAGACGUUCGAAGGGGCCAAGCACCAGGCCGCUGAGUGUCCGUUCGAGGACUCCUGCCUCGCCGUCUUCAGGCUGACGGCGAGCCAUGUGGAGACGAACAUCGUUCUCCACGGACAGGCCGGUGUCAGGGCAAAAAGAGUGGUUACAUGCUUGGCGACACCGACGAGGGCAGGCUUGCCGCUUCCACCACGGCCUCCGCCGCCUCCGAGACAGCAGCAGCGACCACGACACCGGGGAAGGGCAAGGGGAGAGCAGGGGGCACAGACGGCGGUCGCAAAAUGGCGACAUUAG